CUCAGUAGGGACAGUAAUUCUUGUCUGAUAAAGUUUUCCUGUGACUUAGGUAAUGUCAGUCUAGUUCUCUUCACAGUGUCUGGUACACAGUAAGCAUUCAGUAAGUGGAAAUUGUCGAGAAUGACUCUGCCCUUGCUUAUCUUGAGCUUAUAGGGGAAAAAUUUUUUUUAAAAAAAGUGGAGAUUAAGCACAUGGGGUAAAAUCUGUAUAAGAGUUUGUGCAAGGAUUCUAACUCUGCACUGAAAGAUCUCGCAAGAAAUGAGGUUUAUGUAGAAACAGGAAAAAUAGAAUUCUAGGGACCAGGUGACUGUGGAGAGUGCACGCACGCUGUCCCGUGCCUCAUGAUUGAAUGGAGUGCUACUCCAGGACUUGGAGGCAGUAAGAAGUCACAUCAAAGUCUGGGACUGCGAUUGUUUCAACGUUUCUGAAAGCUCCAGGCAGAAGUUUAGGAGUCUGGGGGGCGAUGGCAGGCCACAAAGCAGAGGAGCUGCUAGAUAUUCUUCGGCUGAACGUGGGCGGCUGCAUCUACAGCGCCCGCCGGGAGUCCCUGUGCCGCUUUAAGGACUCUAUGCUGGCAUCCAUGUUUAGUGGCCGCUUCCCUCUAAAAACAGACGAAUCUGGGGCGUGUAUUAUUGACCGCGAUGGACAUUUAUUUAAGUACAUUUUGGAUUAUCUCCAUGGAGAAGUUCAGAUCCCCUCGGAUGAGCAGACCCGAGCCGCCUUGCAGGAAGAGGCCGAUUAUUUUGGCAUCCCUUAUCCAUACAGCUUGUCUGAUCACUUGGCCAAUGAAAUGGAGACAUAUUCUUUAAGGUCAAAUAUAGAACUUAAAAAGGCUUUAACAGACUUCUGUGAUUCAUAUGGCUUAGUCUGCAAUAAACCAACAGUUUGGGUUCUCCACUAUCUUAACACAUCUGGAGCAAGCUGUGAGAGCAGAAUUAUUGGUGUCUAUGCUACAAAAACUGAUGGGACCCACGCCAUUGAUAAGCAGUUGGGAGGAAGAAUCCACAGCAAAAGCAUCUUCAAAAGAGAGGCGGGAAAUAAUGUUCAAUACAUUUGGAGCUAUUACUCCGUAGCUGAGUUGAAGAAAAUGAUGGAUGCCUUUGAUGCCUGGGAAGGAAAAGGUGUAAGCUACUGGCGUGUGCCCCAUGAGCUCAUAGAGUGUUGGACUCUGGAAGAACGGCCUUUACAUGGAAGCCUGCGUCAUAUGGCCCCCAUCCGAAAGAGGCGGCUGCUGACCCUCAGGGAAGAGGAUGAAGGUGUGAACUGUAAAACUGGUCCUAAGCCGGUCAGGUUUUUGGGUCCUUCCACAAGCACCCAAAUUAAAGUCAAGAACUCUGCUUCUGUGAGGGUGUCACCCAUCAGUGCUGCCCAGAUCUCCUCUCAGGCCACAGCAAACCGGUCUCAAAGAGGCAGCUAUGGAAAGGCAGCCCAGUGCUCUGUGGCGACGAGGACACCUGGGCAUGCUCCUGCUUCCCCUCAUGCCCAGAGUGCUGAGAGCCAAGCCAUACAGCCACCACCAGCCAAGGUGCUCCUCUCUGGCCAGAAGUCUCCGCCCCACCGAGUGAUCAAGCUGAGGAGGACUCCACUGUGUGGGGUGCCUUCCCUGCUGCCCACCCCCUCAGCAGGGAGCCAGGCUGGCUUCCCCCAGCAGCCUUCUCUGGAGGCUUCCAUCACUUGGGGUAUGCGGACUGAGUCCAGGGAAGACCAGCCUGAUGGGUAGUGGACUGGAAACUGUCUGUCUGUCCUGCAGCUUCCAGUGCGCUGAUUUCAACAAGUGAGCUCUGUUCUUGUUGCAGAAGGGAAACUCAUGUGGGUGUUUAGGAUUGUUACAGGAAAAGUGAAUUCCAUGAUGUGGGAGUGGAGGAGGAGACUCGGUGCUUGCGAUACCACUUAGUGUUUUUCUAAGGUUGUCUGUGUGCAGGUUGGUUUCUAGUUUUGAAUUUUAAGCUUUAUUUAAAUGGUUAAUCACCAGAGAUGUUCCCCUUUUUUGCAGUGAUACUAGCCACUUUUGUAAUGUUACUCCUGUAGUCCAAGGGUAGGAGUGAGGCCUAGCAGAUGAGCUCCUGUAGAUGGAGAGGGGACCAGUGCUGGCCACACUGUGGGGUGGCCAGGAGAGUCUCCGAGGGACUGUGUCCACAGCUGCUCACAGUUGCUCAUUCUCCAAAGACAGCAGAUGACGGGGCAGGGGGAAGAAUAUAGUCAAAGGCAGCCUUGGACGCACUUGACCGGCCGUCUUCUUUCCUAGGUUGGCUCUUCACCUAGAUCCCGUUAGCAGAUGUGUCUUCAGACACCACAGGGGUACGUGUGGUGAGAGCUGUAGAAUGGGUUUGGGAAUGGUUCCAGUUUUAAUUUGAAUAGUGAAGUUUUGAAGUGCUUUGAAGAAGAGAAGUUAAAUAAGUUUAACUCUUUAACUCAAGUUAGUUUGUUCUUAGAAGUGGCCACUGAAGAGUCCUUCUGAUUAUACACGAUGUUUUAUGCAUACAAUUUCCAGAUAACUUGAAUUUCAUAUUUUUAAACAAAAUAUUUUGAUUAAUCCUCUAUUUUUUCAUGACCAUUGAAUUGGAUGUGCUUACUCUUUUAUAUUAUGUUUGGUAAUUGGAUUGUACAUUUCUGCUUUUCAUGAGCACUGUGCCUCAAGUGUUUUAAAGAUGGUUCAUUGGGUAGUGUGCUCCUUACUCGGACCCUGGACAUGUACUUGUAUUGCUUUGAAAGAGUGAGGCAGGUAUACUCAUGGUGUUUUCUUUUAAAUAAAUAAAACAUUUCCACAAAAAGGUGACAUUUUAUGUGACUUAUUUAAACUUGGCAUCCUGCAAUAGUUGAGAGCUUACUAAUUUAUAUAGGGCUUCUAUUCCUGUUUCCAGAAUUACUUUGUCUUGCUAAUCCAUGAAAUAAUAAAACCAACUUUGAAUAAACAUCUACUGGUGCCUUUCUAAGAAGGUGGUUGAGCUGAGUAAGAAGGCUUUUAACUGAAGAUCCAUAAUGACAUCCUGGAAUAUAUAAGCUAUUUUAAAGAACUCAAGCAACUUGAAAAAUUAAAAGUGAGUGAGUUCUUGGGACUACCAAUUUGCAUAUUACACUUAUUAUUUAAUCUAGGAUAUUUUGAAGUGCUAAUUCAUAUAUAAGAAAAAAUGUACUAAUGCACAU